AUGUCUUCGAACGAACGAGCCGAUCCCAUUGCCAAGGGCUUCCUGCCUACCGCUACACAAUCUUUCAAGGACCUUUUUAUCUGGAAGCAGCGCGUAGAAGUCAUUAACGAGUACGGCGAAUCGCACGCAGAAUGGCAGUCUCCUGAGCCCCUCAAGAACCCAAUUGGUCUCAUGGCCCAGCUCUCGGCUCGUGAUUGGCUCUUCUUUUUGGUUGGACUAGCAGCAUGGACUGCGGAUGCGUUUGACUUCCAUGCGCUUUCAAUCCAGACGAAGAAGCUCUCUGAUUAUUACGAUCGAUCCAAGACUGAUGUCACUACUGCGAUUACUCUUACCCUACUUCUUCGAAGUGUUGGUGCUGCUCUGUUUGGGCUCGCUGGAGACAGAUAUGGUCGCAAGUGGCCAAUGGUAGUAAAUAUGCUUGUGCUUGGGCUCUUGCAGAUUGCUACCAUUUACAGCCAUACCUUCCAGCAAUUCUUGGCGGUACGCAGUCUCUUCGGUCUUUUCAUGGGAGGUGUGUAUGGGAAUGCCAUUGCUAUGGCUUUGGAGCACUGCCCUGUCAAUGCGCGUGGCCUUAUGUCUGGAAUCCUGCAGCAAGGGUAUUCCAUGGGAUAUGUUUUCGCAGCCUGUGCCAAUCUUGGUGUUGGUGGGUCAACGGACAGCUGGAAGACGGUUUUCUGGAUUGCUGCCGGUAUCUCUAUUGGAAUUGGUCUUUUGCGCAUUGCUUUCCCAGAGUCAAAGCAGUUCCUUGAGGCCAAGAAGGCCGGCAAGCGAAAGACAAGCGCCGCUGAGUUCUGGAAUGAGACACGAUCAAUGCUCGGCAAGGAGUGGCGCAUGUGUGUUUACUGUGUUAUCCUCAUGACUUGGUUCAAUUUCUACUCCCAUACCUCCCAAGACUCCUAUACAACCUUCAUGCUCACCCAAAAAGAGCUCGACAACUCCGGUGCCUCGAGAGCCUCGAUCCUAAUGAAAACUGGAGCAUGCGUAGGCGGUACGAUCAUUGGUUACCUAUCGCAAUUCGUCGGCCGCAGACGCGCUAUCAUCGUCGCAGCCCUUCUAUCUGCACUUAUGAUCCCGGCUUGGAUCCUCCCAGAAGGCGAGCGCGCCUUGAGUGCAACUGGAUUCUUCAUCCAGUUCUUUAUACAGGGAGCAUGGGGUGUUAUCCCGAUUCAUCUGAACGAAUUGUCUCCCCCAGCAUUCCGUUCCUCUUUCCCUGGCCUCACAUAUCAACUUGGUAAUAUGAUUAGCUCCCCGUCUGCGCAGAUUGUCAACGCUAUUGCGGAGUCGACCUGGGUUACCACUGCGUCAGGUGCUCGUGCCUCGGCUUAUGGGCCUGUUAUGGGUAUUGCUACUGCCAUUAUUGCUUUGGGUAUCAUGUUCACAACCGCUGUCGGACCUGAGAAGCGUGGUCGUCGCUUUGAGACUGCUGUUGCUGGUGUGGAGGACUUGACGCCGGCGAAGAGUUUGGAUUUGGAGGCUGGUAGUCAUGACAAGGGAACAGACGAGAUGGUGGAGAUGGUGGAACCAAGUAGGUGA